GGAGUUUAGAGGAAGCGGAAGUGUCAGCGCAAGCGGAAGUGGUACUGCCCUGAAUACCCCGAGCAGCGAAACGGAGGACAGCUUGAUACUACCAUCGUUAAGAGAAACAAAUCAGGACUCGAAAUAUAUUUAAAUUCGCAUCAUGGACAAGAGUGACCUCGUGCAGAAGGCUAAGCUCGCGGAGCAGGCCGAGCGCUAUGACGACAUGGCCGCUUCCAUGAAGGCCGUCACGGAGGGCGGCAUCGAGCUUUCCAACGAAGAGCGAAACCUGCUCUCCGUGGCCUACAAGAACGUGGUGGGCGCUCGCCGCUCGAGUUGGCGUGUGAUCUCCAGCAUCGAGCAGAAAACGGAGGGCAAUGAGAAGAAACAGCAGAUGGCACGCGAAUACCGUGAGAAGAUCGAGGCCGAGCUUCAGGAGAUCUGCAACGAUGUGCUGGGUCUCCUGGAGAAGUACCUCAUUCCCAACGCUAGCCAGGCAGAGAGCAAAGUCUUCUACCUGAAAAUGAAAGGAGACUACUACAGAUACCUGUCCGAGGUGGCGUCCGGAGAGUCCAAGAAAACCACAGUGGACAACUCUCAGAAGGCUUACCAGGACGCGUUCGAGAUCAGCAAGAAGGAAAUGCAGCCCACACACCCCAUCAGGCUGGGUCUAGCUCUCAACUUCUCCGUCUUCUACUAUGAAAUCCUCAACACCCCAGAGCAGGCCUGCAGUUUGGCAAAGACGGCUUUCGAUGAGGCGAUUGCUGAGCUGGACACUUUGAACGAGGAUUCUUACAAAGACAGCACUCUUAUCAUGCAGUUACUAAGGGACAACCUCACUCUGUGGACAUCAGAAAACCAGGGCGACGAGGGCGAUGCCGGCGAGGGAGAGAACUAAACGCGUUGCACUUCACUGUUAAAUCCACCUACACUCUUUAUCUUACAUAUACAGCCCAUAAUUCCCUGCUCCAUCCAUCUCACCUCUAUCCACCUUUCUGUAUGACGAGCAGCAUGAAUUGUACCUGAUCUACAAGUUUGUACCCCUCUAAGAGGCCAUGAGCGACAGGGUGACGUUUGCUUUUCAAAGGCUGACUAUGUCUCAAACAUGUAUUGUGUAUUUGUGGGGGAACCCCCCAAAAAAAGAGAAAAAUUAUGGUUGAAUAGUGAAACGAUUUCCAUCCUUUUCCCUUCCUAAUCCUUCCUCUAACAUUUUUAAAAGAUAUAUGUUCUCUAGAAGAUAAUAAUGCAUUAUAGUGUCUCCAUUUUCUCCCCUCCCUCUCUUUUUUCCUCUCCAAUAGUGUACUGGCGUUUGCUGGUUUUAUUCAAAAGGUUAUUAAACUAUCCAUUAAUUUAACAAACACUGUGAUGUUUAGUUUUUCCUCACGGAUAGCGUAAUAAAAGUCUACAGAGUUUUGUUUCUUAUGAGUAACAGUACAAUUCUGUUGCGAUCUCAUACAGAAGGGAUGAAAACAGCCUGUAUUGUGACACUGACUAACACGCGUUACGAAUAUUUCUGUCAUGUGCUUCGUUUUUGUUUUAUGUACGAAAUUAAAGGGACCCUAGGUUUGCCAUUCCAUCAGUACGUUACAUCACACGAUCUUUCGUGAACAAACUGGAGAGUUUCCUAAUGUGCUGUCGAGGAGGCAGUCGACAUAGAGGUGCUGUUUGACAUCAGUAACAAAAAUUCCUGGUUUGUUCUUACAAUGUUACGGUUUUCCUUUUCUGCGCAAAAACGACUCGCAUCGCGUUUAAUAAAGAUUGUUAAAGUUGUAAACAAGUUAAGAGGUAAAUAUUAAUUUGUCGUAUUACUAAAUGUUGUAAACCUGCUUGUAACAAACACACUUUUUCUGUUAUUCAACUUUCUUAUGAACUCCCCUAUAGGAAGUCUCCAAGCGCGAUGCUAGACUUUUCGCCUUUGAUUGACGUCAGUGUAAUACGCAUAGUCGAAGGCCAAAUUUGAUAAAUUUGUGUGCUUAAAGCAAGAGAUGAGUCCUGAGGAAGACUUGACAGUUCUACUGAGAAAUCAUGAAAUAACUUGAAUUUUAGCUUCUCCGCAAAAGACGCAUAAUCGAACAUGGCAAAUUGUCGUAGGGUGAGGACGGCAGCUGAAUUUGAAGGUCCGAGAAUAUUUAUAGGGGUAGCUACUCACUCAGUGUCACAAUACUUCGUUACAUCACCAUAACAUUCCACUUAGGUGUAGAACUCAUCUGUCUGAUGCUAAAGACAACGUUCAUGCACUGAAGAACAAUAUCUUUCCCCUUAGCUGAACAAAUGGCAGUUAUUCUACGCUUGAUUACAAAAAAACACAGUAGUGAACGUGGAGCCGAGCCUGUCUGUAUAUCUGGUAUCUCCAAUUGCUUUGUUUUUACUGACCAGUAUUCUGCCUAAAGUUAGCUUCUGUGACGGUUUCAUUGCUUAGCGCGCACUUGGUUGUGAAAACUUUAGACUAGCUUAAGGAAAAAAUUACAAAACGGUAAAAAAAAUUCAACCUGGUUAUUGACGUAAUACUAGAUUUGUGUGUCUUUUAAAAACAGUUCUAGUUUCACCUUACAUGUUAUAAUCAGGAAAGUGUAAAAGACAAUUUAAAGUGAAAUAAAAGUUUUAUCAGUUCCAA